AUGCUACCAACACCCCCGCAGUCGCCGCCAUUGCUUCGUUGCUAUGCGCCCGAGGACCGCCUGGGAAUGUUGCUGGCCAACCGCCUGGAGCUGACCUCCAUCCUAGGCGUCGGUGCCUAUGGAGUCGUGUAUACUGCCGUCGACAUCCAAACCCAGGUCCCGUUUGCCAUCAAGGCCUUGAACAAAACAGGACUCGAUGCCAGACAACGAAAGUUCCAGCAGCGUGAAAUCAAUCUCCAUCAUCAGGCUAGUCGACAUCCCAAUGUGGUCUCCUUGGUGCGCAUCAUGGACUCGGUGGACUGUACCUUUGUUGUCAUAGAAUUUUGCCCCGAAGGUGAUCUCUUUUCCAGCAUCACGGAGCGUGGUCAUUUUGUCGGAAACGAUCCAUUGGCCAAGCGUGCGUUUUUACAAAUUCUGGAUGCCGUUCAGUUUUGCCACUCCAUUGGAAUCUACCACCGCGACCUCAAGCCGGAGAACAUCUUGGUGACCGAUGGCGGAUUGACUGUCAAGCUUGCCGAUUUUGGACUGGCGACUACCGAUUACUUUACUUCCGACUUUGGCUGCGGCUCGACUUUCUACAUGUCUCCUGAAUGUCAACAAACCAACCCGAGACCCUGCUCUUGCUACGUUUCCCCUAUCAACGACGUAUGGAGCCUUGGAGUGAUCCUUGUAAACCUGACCUGUGGCCGCAACCCAUGGAAACGCGCUUCCACUGAGGACACGACUUUCCGUGCCUAUCUGAAGGACCCAGAGUUUCUUCGUACUAUUCUACCCGUGUCCCCGGAGUUGAAUCUGAUUUUGCGUCGUAUUUUCGAGUGCGACCCAAUGAAGCGCAUUACCAUCCCGGAGUUGCGUCAGUUGAUCCUGGAAUGCCCAAGGUUUACCGUGCCUGUCCUAAGGAGGCCUGGACAACCCGAAGAGCUACCCUCUUGCGUGUUCUAUCCUUAUGUCACAGGCCCCCCUGCUACUUUGCUCAACACGCAGUACUCGGACUCUGCCAUCUCCGACACCUCCCUCACCGACAACGAGACCAUCUCCUCGGUCUCGUCCGACUCUGACUACGCCUCGGAGAAUGAGGUGGAUGGCUUUACUGUUGUCGACCCACAGGCUUCCCCUGACUUUUGGGACACUCCUGGUCACAUGGUCGAUGUCGCCGGAAAAUUGGCAAUUCCAGCUCACCGCAUGGACCAACUCGUUGCUGCCUAUUAA